UAUAACAUUCUUCGUGUUCCUAACAGGAAGUUUUGAAAUAAAGUUUAAACGAUCAUAUUGACAAAUGUGAAAUACUGAACUCAGAUACUGAACGGAAUACUUCAGGAUGAUCACUCUGAUUGAAGGAUUGUAAUUUUUUAGUCCAUCGUAAAGGGACAGUGUUUUCAAGUCGUUGAUAUUAUUUAGUAAGAGGAUGAUUGAUGUAUCUUGAUAAUCUCCCAACAUGACUCGCUUGAUCAUUUCCAUCUGUGCGUUGAUCUUGGUAGCAGGCAAAGGGAUGUCGGAACAGAUAGACAGCUGCAACAAUCAUGCAACAUACAAUGGUUGUAAUAAUGAUUGUUCUCAAUCAAGACCAAGGAUCGACGGUGAUGACUUUUUCUUUAACUGCUCUAUUGGCACGAAAAAAGACGUGGAGAUGUUUAAAACUACUAACAAGGAUAUUUUUAACCAAAGAAGGAAAGAAAAAUUCGAUGCUCCCGAACUGACAGGGAUUGGGACAUUUUGGAUUUCUGAUGAAAGAACGUCGCCCUCGCUUACACUGGAACUAACCUUCAGGCUUCCAAAAGCAUUUUUCAACGGCGGCAGAUUCGAAUACCCGAAAGCAGUAUUGCUUAACUUUACUAGCGUAGAAGGCGGCAACUGGAGUGACAAAUUCUAUCACGACUGUCCGAGGGAGAGAAUUUUUGCUUUCCACAGAUACCAACCGACUUUUGAAUACGACGCUAACAAUCCACGCUCCAUAACGUACAGCUGCUUGUAUGGCCUCGAUUUUAAACUAUUAAAGGGAGUUUAUAUUUUAACUUUUACAACGGUCGAAGGCCGUAGCAGGACUUACCAAGUUACUGUUCCAGUUCGUUUUCAAAGCAGUAAAGUUUGGAAACCUAUAAUUGCAACUAGUCUUGACAAUGACAGUGGUAAUUUAAGCGUCAUCGUGGAAAAACAGCCCACAGCAUUGCAGCACUUGAUAUACGAUUUAAAUCUUUGUAAUCAGGACGAUAUAUGCACGCAACAGAAACCGAAAUCAAUGUCUGGAAAUAUCACCCGCUUCCAAAUUACAAAUGGAGUCUAUAUUGUGAAGGUGAUUAUACACGGUUGUCCACAGAAUUAUAGAUGCGACGAAGAAGUGUCAUACAAGAUCAAUGCUUUACAACUCCCUCUAACCAAAGAUUCUCCUAUUACCUAUCCAGCGCAAGAGGACUGGAAGAAACUAGCUGCUAUGAUAACUGGAUGUUUAGCCGGCAUCGCUUUGUUGCUGUUAAUUGCAUACUGCAUAAGGCGGAAUUUGCCUUAUCAACAAAAGUUUGAACACCAAAACGACGCAAGAGGCGUUAUUAUUCACCCAUAUAUACAACUAUCUAGGUGUACAGUACGACAUCACGUAGUAGUGAACAAACUACACGCGUUUCUUUCUGCUUGUGUUGACUGCGAUCUCUUGCCUGAUGAAUCUCUACGGAAGGUUAAAGAUGAAAAACGUGCGGACAGCAUUUUUAAAGGUUUAAAAUUUGCAAUCGUCAUAUGUCUUGACGAAAUUUCCAACGACCCAACUUUUAGUCUGCUUUUAAAAGCCGCAUUAAAACGACGACAGAAUAACAAUGAUAUUUUCAUAGUUCCUGUGACGUUCUCAUACAUUCAAUCAAGUAUUCAGCCGGAAGGUUUGGCCCAGUUUCAGUGUUUAAAAUUGAUGGACAGUAGCCUUGGGCUUUACAAGAAGAUUCAUCCGAAUCUGUCCGAAGACGCACUUAGUGUUUUUGCUAGUAAACUUAUCAGCAGUCAAGAAGGGACAGAACUUGUCGAUGAUAUUAACAGCGGUAUUCCACAUAUUCCCCGAAAUCUUCAUGCAGAGAAUAAUCACUUUGGGCAGAGUAGUAACACUUCUCCUACCAAAAUUGAUCCUAGAAAUAAUAAUAUGUCCGAAAAAGAAAUUUCAGCAAAAGAAAUAAUGGGAGAGUUAAGUAUGUUUAACGACAAAAGUUCGUAUGUGUCGGAUCAUAUUUCAAAACAGCCAGAUGUAAGGCUGAAGGUUUCAAGUAAAAAAACCCGCACACGAGAUAUGUCAUUAUUAUUUGAAGACGAUCACGUACCAUCAGUUUCUGAGAACGAAGAAGACGACGAGAAAUCUUUUAAAGUGAGAAGGUGUGUUGAAUUCGUAAAAAGUCAACAGGAAAUAACUGAUAGCGAACGAAUGCCAUUGAUGCAUCAUCAACAAGCGGGUAUUAUGAAGGUAGGGGUUGGGGUUUACGAAGACAAUAAGGAACAUCCGCUUGAUACGUUUCAGAGAUACAAUCAGGAUGGCGAGUCUGAGUCUGAUUUUAAUCAAUACCAAUGCUCACCAACUUCAAAUGAAACUCCGAAUAAACUUUGUCCUCGUUCCUUGUAUGAACACGAAACGCGACCAGACUUUCUGGCGCCAAGAGAAUUUCACCAAGAUUCCGCGUAUGACCUUAAUCAUCAGCUGCCAUUUAUAAAUGGUCGACAUCAAAUAAAUGUACAUUCACCGUCUCCCCGGAACGCUCACAGAAAUUUCCAGCUACAAACGCCUGCUCAACGCGAAUGCCACCAUCAAUCACUUGGUCACCGCGGUUUGAACCAUCAUGUGCCUCAAUCUUCUUUUAGAUUUGUCUCACCAAUGCCCGAUGAUUACAAUGAUGAGUAUUUAGAUGAUACCCAUCACAACGAGCCUUAUGAUAACUUAAACGAACCUCAAUCCCAACAAAUAGAAGACGUUCGAUUUUCUGCUGUUGACAAUUAUAAUCCGUUAUUGAAUCGACAGACAAAAGAAGAGAUUGCGAACGUUAAAGCAAAAUCUGCGUCUGUACCACGUGGUAUUCACGAAGCAAGUGAUGAUCCAUGGAUUCCACCGUCUGAUAUUUGUAAAGAAAGUACGACAUUUGAUAAAAGCGAAGACGUUCUUGAUAUGCUUCUUGAAUUCAACAAGAAAAGUGAAAAGCAAUAAAUUAAAAUGGAACUAGUUUUAUUACCAUACCUAUCGUUAGCAUACGGAAGCAAUGUUGCAUUUUUAACUUAGAACAUUAUAGAAAAAGUGAGUAUAGGUUCACGAUAAAUUCAAAUGGUUCCUAAGCGAGGCGUUCACGAUAACUAACUCUACCAUAUCAUGGGUCAUAAAAAAUACUUUUUUUUUAAAUGAUAUGUCGUCAUCGUUUCAGUUUAUUUAUUUGUUUGCUUUACAAUGUUAAACAGAUACUUCAUAAAGGUGGUGGAUGGGUUUUGUCAUAAACAAUUCAUUUAUCUUUGUUCUUAUUUUACUUGAAAUAAAGAUCAUGCAAACUGCUUAACAUACUUUGUAUGAGCGGACAUCAAGAUAAUUGGUUAUCGGUGCUAUAGAUUUACAGAAUGCACUAAACCUGUAUGAGAACUAUUGUUUACAGUGAAAUUUAACUGUUAAUACCUCAAAAACUAAGGUUGUCAUUUUCUCCAGAGGUAGACUAAACCACCAUACGUUUUCUUUAUGUAAUGAUACAAUAGAUGUUGUUACGGAAUAUAAAUAUUUAGGAGUUAUUUUUACUAAAAGUGGCUCGUUUUGUAAAACAAAGUACUAUAUUUCAAAACAGGCAACAGAGGCAAUGUUCUGUUUGCUUAAAAAGUCAAAAUAUUUAUGUUUAUCUAUUGAUUUACAAAUAGAUUUGUACAACAAGAUUAUUAAACCUAUAUUACUAUACGGUUGUGAAUGUUGGGGUUUGGCAACAAUUACAUACUCAAAAAGGUUCAAUUGAAAUUUCUAAAAUAUAUAUUAAAUGUUAAAAGUAGUACGCCAACAUGUAUGAUAUAUGGUGAAACGGGUGUUAAGCCUUUACAAAUAGAUAAAGAUUCACGUAUGGUCAAUUACUGGUCCAACUUGAUCGUUCCAUCAUGUCAUAAACUCUCAAUCUCAGUAUACAACGUCACAUUGAGUAAAUUCGUGUAUUCUGCCAAUGUUAGAGCUAAUGACUUCAAAUGGAUUGAACAUGUUAAGAAUAUCUUCAUCAAAUGUGGUCUUAUUAAUGUUUGGCAAAGCCACGAAUUCCCAAAUAAAAAAUGGUUACAAAAGAGUGUUAAGCAGAAAUUGUCUGAUUUGUUUUUAAACGAAUGGUACACUACUAUGAACUCUUCAAGUAAAUGUGUAAAUUAUAGAUUGUUUAAAGAACGUUUUGAAUUUGAAAACUAUCUUGUUAAAACACCGCCAAAAUUAUUUAACUAUGUUAUACGAUUUAGAACAAGAAACAAUCAUUUUUCUAUUGAAGUAGGUAGUUGGAGGAAUAUAAACAUAAAUGACAGAACUUGCCACCUUUGUGAUUCAAAUCGUAUUGGUGAUGAAUUUCAUUAUGUGUUAGAGUGUAGUUAUUUCACUAACGAAAGGCGACGUUUCAUUGAUAACUGUAAUUUUAGAACUCCGAAUAUAUAGUCAUUUAAACGUGUUAUGAAAUUAAACCCAGAAUGUAUUAUGUUUCCAAAGUUGUGUAAAUUUAUGAAAUGUAUCAUUAAAAAAGUUAAUUAUAGAAUAUAAUGUACUCCUCUUUAUACCAUGAUGUUAAUUAUUAUAUUAUGAUUGAAGUUCAUUAUUCAAAGCCUGUUUAUGUGUAACUGUAUAAUAUGUUCAUUGCAAUUCUCAUUUUGUCAUGCAUGUAUGACAUGAGUUUACUGAAUAAACUUGAAACUUGUUAGUUUUUACCGCUCAUCGACAUAAAUUACAUCUUGCUCUUUUAAUUGCUUUGCAAACGAAUUUAUUUAUUUAUUCCUCUCAGUUUCAUUACUAAGAUGUUUGCAGAUUUGGUGGGAAGUUUUGUCGAGUAAGUAUUUGAUGAUGGUGUUUAUGCUAUUAUAAAAGGUUUGAAGUUCU